AUGAGUAGUGGAACGGGUGGUGGAAGAGCCAGUAAUAGUAGGGCUUGUGGUGGCUCCUCGAGUACGGCAAGUGGAUCUGUGGGUGGUGUUAGUGGUGGUAGUGGUGGUGGUGGUGGAUCCAAUUUCCGGGUGCCAAAGUGUGCCCGCUGCCGAAACCACGGAGUCAUAUCGGGACUGCGUGGUCACAAGAAGCUGUGCACGUACCGGAACUGUCGGUGCGCCAAGUGUGAGCUUAUACUUUCCCGCCAGAAGAUUAUGGCGGCUCAGGUUGCCCUCAAAAGACAACAGGCAGUCGAAGAUGCGAUUGCAUUGCGCUUGGCCUCCACCGAAACAGGAACACAGCUGGAGGCACUACCUCCGGGCAAAAUUUACGGCAUGACCGUCACAGAACCGUGUCCCUCCCCAUCGCCAACGUCGUCCACGGCAUCGGUUGAUGUCACUUCAUCGACUUCCUCGGACGGGGCUGCCGGAUUCGAUUUGACCGAGGAUAGCUUGCGUUUGAACAAGCCAAAAGAAGUCACAAGUAUAGCGGUCUCCCAAAAUGCAUUGGAUAUGUUGGCAAAACUGUUUCCCCAUCGAAAACGAUCCGUGCUUGAGCUUAUCCUAAAGCGCUGCGAUUCUGAUCUUCUGAGGGCGAUCGAGCAGUGCAGUCAAACGCAGAACACCAGCGCCUUCAAGCCACCAACAAUGAAUCCACCGUCUACUCCCACCACCAGCACCCAAAUGGUACAACCACCGGUUACCCCGAACACAUAUUCCCCGUUCAUCGCGUAUCCAAAGUGGUUGCUGCCUAUGUCUAUACCGGUCUCAUUUAGUCACAUUGCGCCGAAUCUAGCGCCACGCUGUACCCUGCCCAACUGCGUCAUGUGUGUUCACCAUCCGUUGUAA